AUGGCUGAAAUCACCAUCGUCGACGAAAAAACGGCGCCCAAGGAGGAGCUCAGCUCGCAGAAAGAAGAGCUCAGCUCGUUUCCGUCCACUUCAGACGGCAAUGAGCCCACUUCAGACGAAAUGAAAUCGCUAAGAAGGGUGUCCCUCAAUAUUCCGCUUUCUUGCUGGCUUGUGGCGCUUGUGGAGUUGGCAGAACGGUUCUCCUACUACGGUUUGCUGACGCCGUUUCAGAAUUACAUGCAAAAUCUCCCGGACGAUACACCACACGGCCGUUUGGGCUUGGACCAGCAUGGAGCCACGGCAUUGUCGUACUUCUGGCAGUUUUGGUGCUACGUGACGCCCAUUUUCGGCGCCUGGGUCGCCGAUACGUACUUUGGAAAGUACCUCACCAUCUGCAUUUUCUCUGUGGUCUACAUUGUGGGAAUCUUCAUUUUGUUCAUCACGUCGCUCCCGUCGAUUCCCAAGGACGGCGCCACGGCCGGUUUCGUCAUUGCGGUGGUUAUUAUUGGAAUUGGAACCGGCGGUGUCAAGUCGAAUGUUUCACCGUUGAUCGCAGACCAGGUGCCCAAAUUCAGACCACACACCAAGACACUCAAGUCCGGCGAAAAGGUCAUUGUGGACUCGAACAUCACCGUCCAGAACGUGUUUAUGCUUUUCUACCUCAUGAUCAACAUCGGCUCGCUUUCGAUCAUUGCAACCUCGUCGUUGGAAAAAGAGGUGGACUUUUGGGCUGCAUUCCUUCUUCCCCUCUGCUUUUUUGCCGUGGUGCUUUUGGCGCUCUUGUUUGGCAAAAACGCCUAUGUCAAGGUCCCCGUUGGCGACAAGGUCAUUGCCAGAACGUUCAAGUGUGCUUUUGUGGCCUUGACGAAACUCAAUUUCGAUGCCGCAAGACCAUCCGUUCAUCCUGAGAAGAACUUUCCAUGGGACGAUCUUUUCGUCAGCGAGGUCCAGAGAGCUUUCUACGCUUGUAAAGUGUUCUUCUUCUACCCCGUUUACUGGUUGACAUACGGCCAAAUGUCGAAUAACUUCGUUUCCAUGGCUGGCGAUAUGGAUACACAUAAACUCCCCAACGACGUUUUGCAGGCCAUCAACCCCAUCACCAUCAUCAUCUUCAUCCCCAUUUGCGAGCGUUUCGUGUACCCCUUCAUCAGAAGAUUCACGCCGUUCAGAGCCAUCACCAAGAUUUUCUGGGGGUUCAUGUUCGGCACUGCUUCCAUGGUUUACGCUGCUGUUUUGCAACAUUUUAUCUACCAGGCUGGUCCCUGCUACGACGACCCGAUGGGCUGUGCCCCAGAGUACAAAAACGUGCCCAACAAUAUCCACAUUGCCCUUCAAACACCAGCUUAUUUCUUGAUGGGCAUGUCUGAGAUUCUCGCCUCCAUCACCGGAUUGGAAUACGCUUAUACCAAGGCGCCCGUGCUGAUGAAGUCAUUCAUUAUGUCGAUUUUCCUUGUCCAGAAUGCGUUCGGAUCGGCGCUAGGCAUUGCCCUUUCGCCUGUUUCCAGAAACCCCAAGAUGGUGUGGAAUUACACCGGUUUGGCUGUGGCCUGUUUUCUUUCUGGCAUCAUCUUCUGGUUGUUGUUCAACCACUACAACCAGCGUGAGGAUGAAUGGAAUAAUUUGGAGUACGAGCAUGAGGAGAGGGUCAAGGAGGCCAAUGAAGGCAAGGUGGAGCCCAUCGAGCCUGUGGCUUCGCUCACUGUUUCUUAUAGAGAUUUGCGUUAG